UGCCGCCGCCGCCGCGUCCCCGUCCCCGUCCCCGUCCCCGGCGCGCUCUCGCGGACUGUGCCAUGGCGGCCUUCAGCAAGUACCUGACGGUGCGAAACUCUUCGCUGGCGGGGGCCGCCUUUCUGCUGCUCUGCCUGCUGCACAAGCGGCGCCGCGCCCUCGGCCUGCACGGUAAGAAGAAUGGAAAGCCACCAUUACAGAACAAUGAGAAAGAGGGGAAAAAAGAGCGAGCUGUGGUGGACAAGGUGUUUUUUUUGAGGCUCACACAGAUUCUGAAAAUCAUGAUCCCCAAAACAUUUUGCAAAGAGACAGGUUACUUGAUACUUAUUGCUGUUAUGCUGGUGUCUCGAACGUAUUGUGAUGUUUUGAUGAUUCAAAAUGGGACACUCAUUGAAAGUGGUAUCAUUGGUCGUAACAGAAAAGAUUUCAAGAGAUACUUAUUCAACUUCAUCGCUGCCAUGCCUCUUAUCUCUCUGGUUAAUAACUUCUUGAAGUUUGGGUUAAAUGAGCUCAAACUGUGCUUCCGAAUAAGACUGACCAAGUACCUCUAUGAGGAGUAUCUCCAAGCUUUCACAUAUUAUAAAAUGGGAAAUCUGGACAACAGAAUAGCUAAUCCAGACCAGCUGCUUACACAAGAUGUAGAAAAGUUUUGUAACAGUGUAGUUGAUCUGUAUUCAAAUCUUAGUAAGCCAUUUUUAGACAUAGUUUUGUAUAUCUUCAAGUUAACGACUGCAAUUGGAGCUCAGGGCCCGGCAAGCAUGAUGGCCUACCUGAUUGUUUCUGGGCUAUUCCUGACUCGGCUUCGAAGGCCCAUCGGCAAGAUGACAGUAACUGAGCAGAAGUUUGAAGGAGAGUACAGAUACGUUAAUUCUCGGCUGAUCACAAACAGUGAAGAAAUUGCCUUUUACAAUGGAAAUAAAAGAGAAAAGCAGACAAUCCACUCAGUCUUCCGAAAACUGGUGGAACAUCUACAUAAUUUCAUUUUGUUUCGGUUUUCUAUGGGCUUCAUUGAUAACAUAAUUGCCAAAUAUCUUGCCACUGUGGUUGGUUACCUUGUUGUCAGCCGUCCCUUCCUGGAUUUGUCUCAUCCUCGGCACCUCAGGAGCUCGCAUUCAGAACUCCUGGAGGAUUACUACCAAAGUGGAAGAAUGCUUUUGCGAAUGUCUCAAGCUCUGGGUCGGAUAGUUCUGGCUGGCCGUGAAAUGACUAGAUUAGCUGGUUUUACUGCCCGAAUUACAGAAUUAAUGCAAGUACUGAAGGACUUAAAUCAUGGCAAAUAUGAACGCACCAUGGUCUCGCAACAGGAAAAGGGAGAACAAGGCAUUCCCUUGAUACCUGGUGCUGGAGAAAUCAUCAAUGCAGACAACAUUAUAAAAUUUGACCAUGUUCCUUUAGCAACACCAAAUGGAGAUAUCUUGAUCCGAGACCUUAAUUUUGAAGUUCGAUCUGGGGCCAACGUUCUAAUUUGUGGUCCAAAUGGCUGUGGGAAGAGUUCACUUUUCCGUGUUCUUGGUGAAUUAUGGCCUCUUUUUGGAGGACGUCUGACUAAACCAGAGCGAGGAAAGUUAUUUUAUGUUCCCCAGAGACCUUAUAUGACCCUGGGAACACUUCGAGACCAAGUGAUAUAUCCAGAUGGAAGAGAAGAUCAGAAGAAGAAGGGGAUAUCUGACCUCGUGCUGAAGGAGUACUUAGACAAUGUCCAGCUGGGUCACAUCCUUGAACGUGAAGGAGGCUGGGACAGUGUUCAGGACUGGAUGGAUGUGCUCAGUGGUGGAGAGAAGCAAAGAAUGGCGGGCAUGGAAGGAUACGGCGAGAUUCACAACUGGACACAGUGGAAACUCAGAGAAAGAAAAAUGUGUUUGAACUGAGGAAUCCUGUAUGUGUGGUGUAAAGGUGCCCAAGAGGGAGUUUUAUUUGAUGGUAAGAAAUUCAAGGGCAUGCCUGAGACAGUGAGAGGCUGUCUUAGAAGAACAGGGGGUGGGGGGGAGGAGUCCUGUAAAGCCAGAUGAACGUGACCAAGCCAUUUGGGAAGUGGGGAAGGCUCACCUGCAGCGUUGCUGCGUGGCCAAGCCGUUGAAAGGUUGGGCUUUGUGUAGGCCAGUGUUUGGAGAACUGAAUGUGAAGUUUAAAAGAGAGCUUCCUGUUUUGCUAUUUGAAGGGUUUAGAGGGAGAGAGAAAAGGCAACGAAUGUGAACAUUGACGAAGUUGGGUGGAGAGUGUAUGUGUAUUCGUUUCAGUUCUUUCAGUGUUUUAGUAGGAUUAAAAUUUUUCAAAGUGAAAAGUUGAGGGGAAGAGAAGACAUUUUUUAUAAAUUAUAAAAAUCAUAAUUUUUAGGAAGAAAAAACUUGAAAAGUGUAACCCAAACAGUGAAUCUGCAAGAGUGAAGGUUGGUGUAAAACAAAUGAACCAAAGGAGCUCCUGGGCAGGAGAGUCAGGAUUUGAAUCUGAGGGGAUGGAGUGACGCUGUUGAAUAAGGGGAGGCCUGAUGAGCACAUGGCUGAAAGUUCCUUGAAAAAAGUCAGCGUAAAUGUAGGCGGAAAUAUUAUUAUUCCACGAUUUUAACAGUGAAAAAACUUAAUUAUCAUAUGCUUUUCACAGAGUUCAGUGUUAGCUGGGAAUCUGCUCCGUGCCGGGCCCUUAGCUGGUGCCUGCCUUCAGGUAAUCUAGUGAGGAGAGCGAAGCGCUCUCGGGUUCCUGCUGUACAAGGCAGGCAGUCUUCAGUCACGGCUACAAAAAGCGUGCACUGGGAUACUGAUGAGGGAAGGCUCAGUUUUGAAUGGCAGGCCCUAUUUAAUUCUCUCAGUAGCCCUGGGAAGUGAGGUGCGGACAGAGGGAAGACUUGGGGCGCGGAAGCAGCUUGCUGAGCGGGGGAACUGAGGUCCUGACCCAGCGCUCCUGCUCUUAACGGCUGCGUUGCGGUGCAUAGCCUUCAGCGUGCAGGUGGCCUGUCCACUUCUCUUCUCUCACUGCCCCCUGCAGUCUCAAGUGCCAUGGCCCUCGUGUCCACUGCAUCCACUGGGGUCCAGCCACCAUCAGCCAGAGCCGCUCCGCCUGGUGUCAUGAGUCGGGCUCUCUUGCUUCUCUGACCCGUGGUUGUCUUUUCUGCGUCACUGUUCUUGCUCUUCCUGUUUAGCAGCGGGUUUUCUUACAUUGGAUCCUGAAAAAGUGUGUGUGAUAGGGAAGUUGAAACAUUGAUAGACAUGUGAAGAAGAGCCCAGCCCUCCUUACCACAGAUGCCGCUGUCAUAAAAUUCUUAGCGUUUUUAUAAAUCCAUUUUUGUAACUGAAUCUUUUACCUAGCUGGCAACUGCCCUCAUUCUUCAGACUCUCUGAGAGUUCUCUAAUAUUGACCCUUUCCUUUUCUACAGUUGAUCGGAUCCCUUCUGAUCCUGCCUCCUUUCCUGUCCAGCACAGACUUAAUAAUCCGGGGCCUGGCACAUAGGAGGUACUCAGGAGAUAUUUCUUAGAAGAAUAGACAAAUGAUCCCUUCCCCUUAACUUCCUUUCCCACUUUUUGUUUCCUCAGAUUAUUUAAACACCAUCCCAAGGGCAGCUGUUUGCCUUGGCAUUUCUGGGCGUAAGCUUCUAAGCACCACUGAAGAAAUGAGGGAAUGAGAUGGAUCGGUGCUGCCACACUUCUGUGGUGUCUGAGCCUCACAGGGGCUCACAGCAUGGCUGGGCAGUCAUUUUACUUCUUUUUGUCCCUCUGUCUCGUUUUUCCUGAUAAGCGUUUGAAAACUGCCAAUCUCAAGCUUUACAACCCGUUACCGAUUCCACCACUUUCAGCCAAAUAACUCACCUUUCCUUAAAGAAAAAAGAGAAACUAUUAUUUCAGUUAAAUGACAGCUAAUUCUUACUGAGUGCUUAAUAGGUGAUAGGCAGUGUGCCAGGCACUUUCCACAGGCUAUCUCAUUUCAUUCUCACAGCAGUCCUGUGAGAUGAGGGCUGUGUGUGCCCCGCUCCACAGAGGAAGCAGAGCAGUGGAGGGGCUUGCCAGGCAGAUAGCUAGUAAGUGUUAAAGCUGUUGGCGGGGGCUGGGGGGGUGCCUUGGCAAGCUCAGGCAGCAGUGUGACUGCCGUGCUCACACACUUCACCAUCUUCCUGUAUUGCCGUCUCAAGUAGCUGACCGCGCAGUGGGAGAGGGACGGACAAGCGAUGGGAGAGCCCCCAUGUGAUGUGGUGGUUGGUGGCGGAGGCGUGCAGAGCGCUCCGUGGGAGCGCGGAGGAGGGGCGCUUGGGGCGCGCCUCCAGCGACUGCUCCUCUUAGUAGCCCUGCCCUGGGCCGUCCUGACCGCCGUGCUUCCAGGCUUCGGCAGGUACGUCACCCUUCCUCUUGAGACAGGCUCAGUGUCUCCGUCUGUGUUUUUGGACCCUCCCUCAUCCGGUUUUAUCACAUCCCUUUCCUUCGUUAUGUGCUACCCCCCCCACACACACCUAUAUUUAAUCUCUUCUAGUCCUUUUCUUCCAGAAAGACAUUUUCAGGUCUCUGUGAUCUAACAAGCAAAUUCUGACUUGACCAAAGGCUCCGCGCAGUCGGACUUCUUGAUGGUCUGUCCUUGCUGCUUCUCCUUCCUCACCUCAUACAAACAAGAUACAAACACCAAGAAACCUGUUGAUGUGUUUCGAUCAUUCAUUUAUCCGAUAUUUGAAUGUUUCCUGUGCUAUUCAGGUGCUGGGUGUACAGGAGUAAUUAAAAGAGCCUCAGCUUUUGUGGAUGUUACAGCCUAUGCGGGACACAGAGAAACGGACAGGGUGCAGUUUAUCCUGGACGAAGGGCUGCAGAGACGCUGCAGAGGGGCCAGCUUGGGCUGCGGGGAGGCAUCAGGGCAGGUUUAUCUGAGGAGGGGACCUUAGGCAGAACUUUGAAAGAUGCAAGAAGCAGAGUAUGGCGUUUGGGACACAAGGACGUGCUAAGCCCUAAGGCCUGAGACACCUCGUGUCCUGAGAGUGGAGAGGAGACAGUGGCGGCCGGAAUGUGGAGGUUAGAGGGUGAGUCAGAGUAAGGUUGUGCAGUGCCUCGUAGGCCUUGGGAAGGAGUCUGAUUUUUAUUCUAAGUGAAAUGGCAAAUUACUGAAGGGUUUUAAGCAGAAGAGUGAAACUCUGAUUUGCAGUUUUGGAAGAUCCUCUCUGGUUCAUGGACAUUGGGCUGGAGAGGAGCAAAGAGGAAGAAGAGGGCUGUGUGUGGUCGUCCAGGAGGAGAGGACUGUGCCCGGGCGGCGGGCGGGAUUGUGAGAUGGGGGAAGUGAGUAGACUGUGAACUCCACAGGACUCGGUGGACUGAAGGUGGCAAGGUCGGGGUGGGAGGGAGGAGGAGAAGGGAAAUCAAGGAGGACUCACAGCUUUCUAGAUUUAGCAGCUGUUUGAUAGUGUCAUUUUCUGAAAUGUUCAAGAUGGGGAGAAUGUAUGAAUGGAUUCUAAGGGAGAAAUUAAAAAAAUCAGUGAGUUUUAGAUUUUUUAAUUCUGAGAGUUCUCUAAGAUAUCCAGUAGCCUAAGAAAUGGGAGGAAGCUUAAAACCAUGGUUUCACUGUCACUUUCUCAAGAAGGAGGGAGUGGUCACCUGAGUUGUACGUUGCAGAGAAGAUAAAUUGGGCAAGGAUAGAAAUGUGUCCAUUGGUCUUGCAACAUGGAGAGCGUCAUUAGGAGGAGAUGGCAGAUUGGAAUAUCUAUAGACAAAGAACCAGAAUAAAUAAUUCCCAGAAAGUAAACUACAUAUGGCAAAUAGCAUUCCUGCUAAUCAGAGAAAGGCAAGCUGCAACAACCUUGACGUUAAUUUUCAUGCACAAAACAAGCAAGGCUUGGAAAGCUGGGCGUGCCCGGUGCUGAGCACAGGGGUGCGGGGCAAGAGCACUCAGACGCUGCUGGUGGGCAUGUUAGCUGGCCACUUAAAAUUAAUUGUCAUUACUUAAGCAACAGAAUGUUUAAUAAUAGUCCCAUUUUUGCACCUGAGCCAUCUGUCAUCUGAAUUUGAAGAUUUGGUUAAAGUGUGUACCCUUUAAUCUUAUUUAGAGAAUUUUAAUAUUAGUUAAAAACUCAACUUCAUCUCACAUCAGUCUUAGAAGUUUCUGUUUUACUCUUAACAGUAUUUCCCAUGUGUUACGUUUUUUCCCUUUCUUCGGGAAGACAGUAAAAACAAUUGGGUUUCUUUGUAUUGUUUCUGACAGGUAGAUUUUUUGAGACAACAAUUUUCACCCUUUCUUUACAAGACUGUAAAUGUAUAUUUAAAGUAAAUCCGUUUUAGCUUACUAAUUUUCAGUCUGCAUG